UGAUUUUACCCUAUAAACACGAGGAGUCUGCUGCUACAAACCUUUCGUUCAAGAGAUAGGGUUUUUCUAUCUUUCUGAAACAGAGAUGAUGCAGCCAACUCCACCUGCGCCGCCACUGCAGCAGGUGCCCCAUCAGUAUCAAUAUCUACAACAGCCACCGCAACAGCCUCCUCCUUAUAUGAUGAUGCAGCCUCAGCCUCCACCAAUGUGGGCUCCACCUCAGUAUGGCCAACAACAACAGGCAGCUCCAUCCGGGGAGAUCCGGACUCUGUGGAUCGGAGACUUGCAGUAUUGGAUGGACGAGAACUAUAUCUCUACCUGUUUCGCUCAUUCAGGCGAGGUUGCUUCUGUAAAAGUUAUUCGUAAUAAGCAGACUGGUCUAAUUGAGGGUUAUGGCUUUGUUGAGUUCGUUACACGUGCUGCUGCUGAAAGAGUUUUGCAGACCUAUAACGGUACCCCAAUGCCAAAUGGUGAGCAGAACUUCAGACUGAAUUGGGCUUCUUUCAGUGCUGGUGAGAGGCGAGAUGAGACCUCUGAUUUCACAAUAUUUGUUGGAGACUUGGCUGCCGAUGUUACUGACUACAUGCUCCAAGAGACCUUCAGGGGCCGCUAUCCCAGUGUUAAGGGUGCCAAGGUUGUGAUCGAUAGGCUUACCGGACGCAGCAAGGGCUAUGGGUUUGUUAGAUUUAGUGAUGAAAGUGAACAGUUACGAGCAAUGAGUGAGAUGAAUGGUGCCUUCUGUUCAACUAGGCCUAUGAGAAUUGGGCCAGCCACUAAUAAGAAGACUGUGGCUGGUCAACAGCAGUAUCCUAAAGCUUCAUAUCAGAACUUUCAGGGGACUCAAAGUGAUGACGAUCCAAAUAAUACGACUGUGUUUGUUGGUAAUCUGGAUUCUGUUGUGACGGAUGACCAUUUGAGAGAACUUUUCAGUCCAUACGGGCAAUUAGUGCAUGUGAAAAUACCAGCUGGCAAGCGAUGUGGGUUUGUUCAAUUUGCUGACAGAAGCUGUGCAGAGGAAGCAUUGAGAAUACUGAAUGGAACUCAGCUGGGUGGGCAAAAUAUACGCCUUUCGUGGGGACGCAGUCCUUCAAACAAACAGGUUCAGCCUGACCAAAACCAGUGGGGUGGUGGAUACUAUGGAUAUGCACAAGGUUAUGAUAAUUAUGCAUAUGCUGCACCGCAAGACCCAAACAUGUACUAUGGAGGUUAUCCUGGAUAUGGAAAUUAUCAGCAGCCCCAGCAACAACAGCAGCAGCAAUUAGGAUAAGGCUGAGAAGUUGUAAUUUAUGUGGCUGCAAUUUAUUGUACUAUUAUGAGAUUUGAUUGAUGCUAUAUUAUCUUAGCCCCGCUUUCUGGGGGAAACAAGUUUCAGGCUUUACUGCUUGCUGUGUGAAUGUGAACCUCCUUUCUCUUGGAAUUUUGUGAGCACUUUAUUAAUAAUAUUUAGGUUUGUCA